AUGCAGGCCGGCUGUGGUGCAGUUGGCUGUGCGACCCUGAAAUUGCUCGCGCUUAUGGGUUUCGGAACGGGUCCCUUGUCCUUCGCUGAAGUGGGUAAUGCUACUUGCUGCACCAUAAAGCAAGUUAAUAACUCUAGUCGCGACAGGUCGAGCAGCGAUUGGUUCUUUGAUGGAGUCUCUUUCCCCUCCCGGACUCACACCCGUGGUCUCCGCGCGAUCGUUGAAGCCCUUAGUCGGCGCAUCAUGGAACAUGCUGAAACGCCAGAUAAUGCAACCAGCAGCCACCAACCGUCCCGAUUCGGCGACACCGAUCAGCGGGCGCGUGCUGGUCUGCUUCACAGCACUUCUGACAGCAGAAGUGGGUCCUCCAGCCCGGACGGCGUGUCACCAGUGUCGCACCCCGUGGAUGUUAACGCGUUCGGCGAGAGCGCGACAGCGAUCAGCGAUAGUGAAGCCCCCACAAUUUCCACCCUUCUGCAUGGCUUCAGGGAUGUGUCAGUCAGCGAGACGACUGUUUUUGAGACGCGUGAGUCCGCCAUACCUUUAAAUGCCUUACAUAAUGGAAAGAGUCAAGGGUCUCUACUUUACUGUUAUUAUUAA